AGGAAAUUUUGGUUCCUCAAUCGCUAUUUUGGAACGCGUGGCUUUUGCAAUUGCUUUGGAACUCAGUAAAUGCAAGCUGCCCUCACUGGAUUCUUCCACAAUACCCUCUCAACUUCCAAUUCUCUCUAUUGGGUGUCCUUCAUUUUCUUUCGCAGAUCGCCGGAAAUUAUUUCCUUCGCCGCCGAGAUCUGCCGCUUUCCGAUUGGUCCUUGGGUCAAAGAUGAUGAAAAUGAAGACUAAGACCACAGGGCUGUCGCAGAUGAAAGGGAGUUCUGCCGUCGGUGACGCCGGCGGCGAGCCCCGGCCGAUGGAUUGGGAAUUACGGCCAGGGGGGAUGCUUGUUCAGAAGAGAACCCCAGAUUCCGACCAGGAAUCUACUCCGCCGCCGACCAUCAGAGUCAAAGUCAAAUACGGCUCAAAUUACCACGAAAUCAGUAUCAGUUCCCAAGCUACAUUUGGGGAAUUGAAGAAGAUGUUGGUAGGACCUACAGGAUUGCACCACCAAGAUCAGAAGCUGUUGUUCAAAAAAAAGGAGAGAGAUUCAAAGGCGUUUCUGGACAUUUCUGGGGUCAAAAACAAAUCCAAGAUUGUUUUAAUGGAAGACCCAAUUAGCCAAGAAAAAAGGUACCUUGAGAUGAGGAAGAAUGCCAAAACGGAGAAAGCUUCCAAAUCUAUAUCCGAAAUCAGCUUGGAAGUUGAUAGACUUGCGGGACAGGUUUCUGCUUUGGAAUCUGUGGUUUCUAAAGGUGGGAAGGUUGCAGAGAAUGAUGUGCUGAAUUUGAUUGAUUUGUUGAUGAAUGAAUUGCUUAAAUUGGAUGCUAUUAUGGGAGAUGGAGAUGUAAAGUUGCAGAGAAAAAUGCAGGUAAAAAGAGUGCAAAAAUAUGUUGAAACUCUUGAUAUGUUGAAGAUCAAAAACUCCAUGGAUGCAUCCCAAAUACCAACUCAACUCCAACACAACAAUAGUUCUAAUCAUCAAAGACAAACAACUAGGCCUUCCUUUGUCAACAGUAAGCUAUCAACAAUUUUAGAGGAGCAGCCACCACGCAACCCGGCCCUCAUCGACGAUGAUUUGCUAACAUAUCAGCAGCAACCUCCACAGCUUGCCAGAAAGUCGUCGACCACAUCCACCACAGUGGUCACAACAAAAUGGGAGACAUUCGAUUCUUCCCCGGCCUCUUCGACAUCGGAGCAUCCCGUCCCGCCGAGGUUCAACUGGGAAUUCUUUGACUGAGAGCCAUACAUUACAUUUUGUGAGGAUGUGUGAUUUGGAUUCAGAAUUUAGCUGGUUUGCCCCUUUAUGAUGAGUCUUCCAUUCUUUACUGUAUCUAGAUGGAAAUUUAGACACCCACCCCCGUCUUCAGAAAAAUAAAAUGGGGCUAUAACAAUAGUGAAUCAUCACUUCUCUUCUUGUUUGGCAUUCUGAAAAUUCUUUUCUCCCAUUUGUAUCUUCUCCCCUUUUCACUUUUAUAAAAACACAUCUGUAGCAGAUUCUUUUUCUC